CCCUUCCAUUAAUGGCUGCAGUCUCCUCGACCCUACUACAUUAACUCCUCCUCCUCUCCCAUUGGACGCCCUUUUGAUUUAGCUACAUCGCCCUCAAUCUUCAUCGUUAUUGUUCUCUUUUCUUCUCACAUUCGAUCGAUUCGAAUCAAUUUAGGGUUUUAUUUAAUGAGCGUAUUCUCUGGAAUUUCUGUUCUUCGUGCUCUCUGCUUGAUUUUGAAAUUCAAGUUGGAUGGAUUUGGUGCCUUUUACUUAUGAAUUUCGUGUUCAACGGGCGAGAUUAUAAGAUUCUGCUCAAUUUCUUCUCACUCUAGCAGCAGCCUCUUCCCGCCGGUAAUUUGAUGAGAAACGACGGCGUCGCCGGCCGGGUGGUUGUCGAAGGACUUCCCCCGCAGCGUAGCAUUAAGGUGCACAUUAGGAUGUGUUCGGAUUUGCGGAAUUUAGUCGAAUUGGUUUCGGAGAUCAUCCCGGAGAUAGAGGCAGCGCGGCCUCGCGCCUCCGGGAUGGACGCGCUCUGUCUCUUGAACACCGGCAUUGCGAAGGCUAUGUCUCUGCUUCAACAUUGCGGCGAGUCGAGCGUGCUCUAUUUGGUUCUUACAGGCGAUACUGUCCGCGACCGGUUCAAGAAGUCGAGCAAUCUUAUGGAGCAUUGCCUCUCCCAAAUUCAGUACGCCGUUCCGAUGUCGUUGGCGGCGAAGAUUUCUCGAAUAAUUCUUGCUGUAAAGAGUUCGGCUUUCCGGUUGGAUCCACCGGAGCAGGAGGCGGCUAAGAUCUUGCGCAAAUUACUCCAAACAAACAUCGGAUCGACAGAGGAUUCACCACUGUCCGAAAUCCAUACCGUCUGUUCCUGGCUUCGACUUUCGUCAAAGGAAUCUCUCGCGAUCGAGAAGGGCUCAAUCGCGAGGCUUAUAAAGGAAUUCGACAAAAACAAUAGGCAAACAAGGAAGAAGAUCAUGGUGUUCUUCUGGAAGCUUCUGGAUAAAUACAUGAGCGUUACGGACAAGACGACGUUCGAACGCUCGCCUAGUUUACCUGGCGAAGGAAAACUCCGCGAAAAAUAUACCCGCGACGAGCCUCCGACCAACGUGUCGUGUCGCCCGGUGCCUCCGAAGGAAUUCCUGUGCCCUCUGUCCGCGGCGUUGAUGUGCGAUCCCGUGAUUAUCGCAUCGGGGCAAACAUAUGAGAGGGCAUGGAUUCAGAAGUGGUUCGACGAGGGGCACGACACUUGCCCCGCGACGAACGUGAAAUUGGAUCGUGUUUCGUUCGUCUCGAACGUCGUCAUGAAAGAAGUAGUAUCGAAGUGGUGCACCGAGAACCACUUAGAUUCCGCGGAUGCCGGAGCUCGCGACAUGCUCGUUGCGUCGUGGGAAAUGUCUGUCAGCUCGAUCGGAAGCUUAAAAGCCUGCGUCGAUAAUCUGAAUCUACAGUAGAGCGAUCUCAGCCGUUCAUCGUCGAACGGAGCUGCGUCGAGAUCUUCUUUGCCUCGGUUUUUCGAGGUAGAUGCAACAAUGUACAUAUGUAUAUGUAUGUAUGUAUGUAUACACACAUGUAGCCCCUAGUUUGCUGGCGACUGCGGCGGAUAUGCAACGCCGGCUCCGGCGCAACGGUCGAUUCGUCGUUUAAUUUUGCGUGCUGAUAGUUUGGAAGGUGAAUGUAUAUGUUUGUUCGGCCAUUGUCUUGUCGGCUUAAUGCAGGCAUUGUUUGAAUUUAUGUUAAGCAUGGGAGCUGGUUAUGGUGCUCCAACAACUAGGGUUUGGACCAAGAGCUGAUUCAAUCAAAUCAGCAUGCGGUGCUUAUUUGAUUUGGUCCGAAUAUCAAAUAAAGCUCUACU